AUAUGAUCUUUUACUGUCCUUUCUCCUUCUCAGUAACCCAACGGGAGGGAGCUAGAAUGCGCCUGCUUCGCCGCUUGACAAUCCCACGGAAGCCCAUCGUCAAUCCCCGUUCUCAUGGCCCACACUUCCACCCCUGGUAUAACAUCCCCCAGACAGACACCAACCGCGUCACCAUCCCGAAAAGUCCUCCCCUCACGGAUGUUUCCCUAGACCUCCCGCCCGACCUUCUUCGUCGCAAUCAAGAGAACUACCUCACCUAUAUCUCCCGGCUUCUCCAGCGUUUCAAUAGCAGGACUUGGGGGUUCCCAAUCUUCCGAGCUUUCUCAACCUCCGCCAGCACCGCAGAGGUCAAGGAGAAGCUGUGGUCCGCCUACCUCCCCAACCUGUUCCGCGGGGUGUAUACAAGUUUCCGCGAGCAUGAAAAUUUCCGCGCUGGGCAAGCUCAGCUAAAUCCAAUUCACACCAAUGCACUGUUCCCCCGGUUCUACUGCCCAGUCAUCCAGCCCGACGUGCCCAUUCUGCACAGAAACGGGGAUGGUGGACCGGGAAUUGGUCCUGCAACCCGCGAUGCUAUCCGCAACCGCUUGGCAACAUGGGUCUCCAACACCACCGAAGAACGGGACGGGCCUGGUGCGGUAGCGAUGCGAGAUGCGGACACUCCGCAGUACCGGAUGUGCUUGAUUGUCGAUGAUUACUGUUUAGAACAAUUCCAGGCGGCGCAUACUGACGAAGAGCGCCACGGUGCUCCAAACAUCGUGCUGGAGCGGGAUUGGACGCUAGACAAGUAUCGGGGAUUCUACCGGGCGGAGUGGACGGAUGGAGAGACCCACAAGGAGCCGCCAGAUGAGCCCCAGUGAGGAGGAGUGGGAGCCCGAGGAUGAGAAUGUGCUCACGUUCUUUGAGGAGGUGGAAGGAUCGAGGGCGCCGCUGCUGGGCUGGAUGUAUGCGCGAUCGAAUUGCCUUGGUUCUCUGUACGCGACGAUCGAGGAGGAUAAGUAUCACUCGGCGUUUUAUCAUGCCUAUGCGCGACCUCCAGGCAUUUAUCCUGAUAAUUGCGAUGCUGCAUGGAAGUACCGGUGGUGAUUCUAUAAUCUCUGGGAGGGGGAUAGAAGAUAAUUGUUGGCACUCCUCCAUGAUAGUGGGCGCGAUGAGCAUGCUGGAGAUAUAGAUCGCGGCAUUGUCCGUUGCCGUGCGGACGUUUCGGUGCACUGGGGUAAACAAACCUCUGCAGCACUUGCUCAGGGUUGAGGGAGACCCGAAUAUACUAG